AUGUCUAUUGUUAAAUCUCGUACUGUUGGUAUUUGUUCAUUUGCAAAUUUUAUAAAUGCAGCUGAUCGAGCAAUUAUGCCACUUGCUAUUAUUCCAAUGGCAAAAGAAUUUAAUUGGAAUUUACGUUUACAAGGUUAUAUACUUUCAGCAUUUCCUAUUGGAUAUUUAACAAGUCAAUUAUUUACACAUAUAUUUGUUAAACGUUUUGGAACAAAAAUUGUUCUUGCUUUUGCUGUAUUUACAUGGUCAUUAGUAACAUUUAUAACACCUUUUUUAGCACCUUGGCCUUUAUUAUUAAUUUGUUCAAGAAUUACAUUAGGAUUUGGUGAAGGAUUAGCUUUACCAACAAUUUUUCAUAUCUUUAGUAAUUAUGUACCUAUGGAAGAACGAUCAAGAUCAUUUAGUUAUCUUAUUGCAUUAGGUUCUGUUGGGCAAACAUUUGCAGCUGUGAUAUGUCCUCAUAUUGCUUGGCGUAUUGUUUUUCUUAUAUUUGGUGUUAUGGGUUUUUUUUGGACAUUUUUUUGGAUUAUUACUUAUCGUGAAGUUAAUAAUCUUUCUAUUGGAAAUGGAACUGAUGAAACAUUUUUUCCAUCACCACCUAAAGUAAGCAGUAAAAAUUAUCGAUGGAUUGAAUUUAUUUCACAUUGGCCUUUAUGGGCUAUUUAUAUAGCACAUUUUUCUAUGAAUUGGUCAUCAUAUAUUGUUAUGGUAUGGUUACCAUCGUAUUUAACAAAAACAUUUGAUGCUGAUCCAACUAAUUUAUCAUUUACAGCAUUUCCAUAUGUUAUAAAUUGUUUAUCGGGUGUUGCUGCAGGUCAUUUUGCGGAUUUUCUUAUACAAAAUCGUUGGACAUUAUUAUCUGUUCGUCGAUUAAUGACAGCUAUUGGUUUACUUGGACCUGGUUUAUUUAUGCUAAUGUUUAUUUCCGUAGAUAGUUUAUUUCUUGCUUUUGUAUUUAUAUCGAUAAGUAUGGGUUUAGGUGCAUGUAAUUCUGCUGGUCAUCUUUCAAAUCAUGCUGAUAUAGCACCAAAUCAUGCUGGUAUAACAUUUGCUAUAUCUAAUACACUUGCAACUAUACCAGGAAUCUUAGCUGGUCCUGUAACAGCUGAAUUAGUUGUUGCAAGUCAUAAUCGUUGGUUUCCUGUAUUUAUUCUUGCAAGUGCAGUUAAUUUUGUCGGUGCUAUUAUAUAUCAAAGCCAAAUUUUUUUUAAUAUGGCUAAAAGUAAACGAAGUAAACAUAUGCGUGCAAUGCGUAAAAUUCUUCGUGAAAAAUUAUCAAAAAAAGAUGAAACUAAACGAUUAGCAUCAAUGAAAAAAGAUAAUUUAAUUCCAUCAACUGUACCAAAAAAGGAAUCAUUAAUAGAUGAAGAAAUGCAAACUGGUAAUCCAUCCGAAUAUAAUAUUCGUACAUUAAAAAAUAAAGAUGGUCAAUUUCCAUCAUGGUUAAGUGGUCGUCAACGAAAACGUUUACAAGCUAAACAAGCUGUUCAAAAACGAAAUGAUAAAAAGAAAAAAAUAAAGAAAAAUGCUGCUAUUGUUGCUGGUAAUAAUACUAGCAAAGAAUCAAUAGCUGACAAAGUAAAACAAUUAAUAAACAAUCAUAAAGUGAUUGUAUUUUCAAAAACUUUUUGUCCUUAUUGUAUAAAAGCAAAAAAUUUUCUUGCUAAUUAUAAAUUAAAAGAUUAUAAAAUAAUUGAACUUGAUGAAAUUGAUAAUGGUAAUGAAUAUCAAGAUAUAUUAGGAAAACUUACAAAUGCUUCAACUGUUCCACGUAUAUUUAUUAAUGGAAAAUGUAUUGGUGGUUGUGAUGAUACAGAAAAAUUAUAUGAAAAUGGUGAUUUAGAAAAACGAUUAAGAGAAGUUGAUGCUAUUUCAUCUGAUUCGAAAACUGAAUCCAACGUACGAGUAGCUCGAUCAACAAUCGGUGAAUCUGAAGAUGAUCUCAUAAAAUAUUGUCAACAUUUCUGUUCUAAUAAUUUAUUAUUUAAAAAACGAGCAUAUUUAAAAGGUUUUGUUCAUGGUCGAUCAAUUGAUGAAGAAGAUGAACUACAAGAUAUAAGUGAUGAUCUUCUCGACAAACGUUUCGUACAUGGCAAACGUUUUGUUCAUGGUUAA